AUGCGUCUCUCCAGCGUCCUCGCUCUCCUCUCCCUGGCGGUCCUGCCUGCCUUCGCCAGUCCAGUCGAGAUCAAUAACCAAGUAUCAUCUCCUGUCCUAUCUUCAGACAAUGUGUUUGUCAAGUACCGUAGUCAGGGAGAAAGAGAUAGCACCUCUUUAUUCAUUAAGUGGUAUACCUAUUACGAUUUCUUCCAAAUCUUGAGUCUAUACAGUCGCAACAGUCUCCCAAAUUACUGGAGCGACAACACAAGACAGUCCUCAGUCCCCUCUAACCUACACCCUCCCUCCCUCCAUUACAACCAUCCCAACCCACCAACUCAACAACCACAACCCACUCAACCAACAAUGCACCUCACGCGCAAACAAUGGCUCCAAGCCCUCACCCUCGCCCUACUCCCAACCCAAGCCACCGCCAAAAUCCUAACCACAGCCCCAGAUCCCACCACCCCCUCCCUAACCUACAGCAUCACCAUCCCCAACAUCACCUCCCCAAACUCUCCCUCUGAAAAGACCCCAAGCAACGGGCCAAUCUACCUCCGCCUCACCGCCCCAACAACCAUGCAAUGGCUCUCCCUCGGCCAGGGGCCCGACAUGGCCACCGCCAACAUCUUCAUCGUGUACGCGGCCUCCGCCACGACCGUCACGCUCUCCCCGCGGUCCGGGGGCCAGGGCCAGCCGAGUUAUAAUCCCGCUGCGAAUGUGACGCUGCUCGAGGGGUCGGGGAUCGUGGAUGGAGUGAUGGUCGCGGAGGUGCGUUGUGAGAAUUGUUGGGGGUCGUGGCCUGCUCUGUCUGGGUCUGGUGAUGCAGUGGUGGAGGGGGGGGAGGGGGGGGUUGGAGCUGCGACUGGGGCUAGUGGUGGUAGCGGCGGGUUCGUGAUGGAUGCGAACGGGAAUGAGACGGCGUGGUUCUGGGCGUAUCAGCUGGGUGCGCCGCUCGACAGUGCGGAUGUUGGGGCGGAGUUGGGGAUGCAUGAUGUUAAGGGGGAGAUGGUGUGGGAUUUGAGGGAGGCGGGGUUUGAGCUUGGUGAGACGGGAUUGGAGGAGGGGUUCAAUCCGUUUGUUUGA